UUGUCCAUACGCUUACAGGGACCAGUUCGUACUCGUCGUAAGCCGUGGCCAGAAGCAACCGUUUUGCGCGAUAGUUUUCACCGCAGUAGAUGAUAAGUGAUUGGUAGUGAUUGAACUGCCUCAAAUUUACAUAUUCUCGAGUAACGGAUAGCUGGAUACCUACUGAUAAGUGAUUGCUCUAAAGUGUAUUUGGUAUUAGGUGAAGACAUUUUUCUAGUGAUUUACCAUGGCUCCAAAGGAUGAUCCAGAGGUGGCAGCUCUGAAGAAGGAGAUCAACGACUUAAUAGCAAAGAUGAAGGAAGAGCAAAAGAAAGCGGCCGACUGUACACUGCAGGACAAAUGCGGCGACAUGGGCGAUGCACCGAAGGUACGAAUCAGCACGAAAAAGUUCCUCAAGGGACACAUCAACAAGGUCAACUCGGUACACUACGCGGGCGAUUCGCGACACUGCGUCACCGGAUCACUGGACGGCAAGCUCAUCAUCUGGGACACGUGGACCGGCAACAAGGUUCAGGUCAUUCCCCUGCGCUCGGCAUGGGUCAUGAGUGUGGCCUACGCCGACUCGGGGAAUUUCGUCGCCUGCGGAGGCAUGGACAAUAUGUGCACCGUCUACGAUCUGAACAACCGCGAUGCCCAGGGUAAUGCCAAAAUUGUUCGAGAAUUGAUGGGAUACGAGGGUUUCUUGAGCUCGUGUCGUUUCCUGGACGAUACACACGUACUGACCGGAUCUGGCGAUAUGAAGAUUUGCGUUUGGGACCUGCAAGUGGGAAAGAAAACCUCCGAGUUUGAUGCCCAUGCUGGUGAUGUGGUAUCGAUUUCCCUUAGUCCGGACAAGAAUACGUAUGUGACGGGCUCGGUCGACAGGACCUGCAAGCUGUGGGAUGUACGGGAAUCGACUCCGAAGCAGACGUUCUUCGGUCACGAAGCGGAUGUGAACAGUGUUUCGUACCAUCCAAGUGGAUUCGGAUUUGCUACUGGAUCUGAAGACAAGACGGCUCGAUUGUUCGAUUUCCGAUCUGAUCAGCAAAUUGGACAUUACGAACCGCCGAAUAAGAACAGUGGAUUCACAUCUUGUGCAUUAUCACUCAGCGGAAGAUACAUACUAUGCGGAUCGGAUGACAACAACGUUCACAUUUGGGACACCAUGAAAGGAGUGCAUAACGGAACACUAAGCGGUCACGAGAAUCGUGUCACGUCGAUCUGCAUGGCUCCGAACGGAAUGGCCCUGGCGUCCUGCAGCUGGGAUCAACACGUUCGCAUCUGGGUGUAAACGUUUGGUAGAUCGAAAAUUUGAGGGCAAUCGGAUCGAAAUCUACAAACAAGAAGCAUUGUUUGCUAUUGAUAUCUAUUUUGGUGGAUUCAUCAAGCUCUUUUCUUAAACUUUAAAACAUUCUUUGGCAACACGGAAGCAAUACGAAUCAAUACAUCAUCUAAAUCUUAAA